AUGGCGAGAGUCGCUGUAUUUCGUUUUACUCCUCGAGACGCAGUCGCCAGAACCGCAGCCGUCGGUUGCGCGAACACGACGGCGAACGCGAGCCUGUCGACCAGCAGAUCUAGCACCUCUCGCUCUCACGCUCGCCUACCUUGCGCCGUGUCGCCGUCAUGCCACUCUGUCUGUCGCCUCGAGUCGCAGUUCCUCGCCAAGCGAAGCUUUCCAUCGCCGGGUUCCGGGUCCGCGUUUGACGCCGCGCCAACCUGGUCUUCCGCCUGCCGCCGCUGCGUCAAGGUGGCGGCUCGAAUCGCCCCGCCGGAGCGCCCCGCCGCAACGCCGCCGAGCGAGGAGCGGGGCGCGCGGCCGCCGAAUGACGGCGACGCGUGGGAACGGUUCGAGAGGGCGAACGGCGCGGCGGCGCGACGCGAGGAGGAGGAGCAGGCGCGCGAGAAGCGGGGGAGGCAGGGGCAGGAACACCACGUCAGCAUGGUGGUGAAGGUCUGUGGCGAAGACACGGAGCCGUCGAUUACGUGCGCGAAAGUGCACGACCAUCCGACGCUCGUGCUCAUGCGACACGGCGAGAGCAUGUGGAACGACCUGAAGCUGUUUACGGGUGACGUGGACAUUCCGUUGACGGAGCGCGGCGUGAUGGAGGCCAUGGCGGGCGGGCGGUCCGUGGCGGAGAUCGACUUCGACAUGAUCUUCACGAGCCGCCUCGUGCGCUCCAAGCAGACGGCGCUGCUCGCCAUGACGCAGAGCGUGCACAAGGCGGUGCCGGUGAUCGUGCGCGGCGGCUACUACGGGCGGGGCAAGACGGGCGACGAGAACCGCCUGCGACUGCGGGAGGCGGCGGCGCAGGCGCUGAAGCAGGCGGCGUGCCGCAUGAUCCCCGUGUACGCCGACCCGCGCCUCAACGAGCGCUGCUACGGCGACUUGCAGGGGUUGAACAAGGAGGCAGCAGCGAAGGAGUUCGGGCACGAGCAGGUGGCCAUCUGGCGGAGAAGCCACGACACGCGCCCGCCCAAGGGGGAGAGCCUGCUGGACACGUCGGAGCGCACUCUGGCUUUCUUCCUGUCAACGGUGGAGCCGCGGCUAGCGGAGGGCAAGAACGUGCUGGUGGUUGCGCAUGGCAAUGUGCUGCGUUGCAUCAUCUCGUACCUCUGCGACCUCACUGAGCUCGAGAUGCUGCGCCUGCAUAUCGGCACGGCACACCCCUACUGCUUUGCCUUUGACGGCGAGGAGUAUGCGCAGUGCUGCUCCCUGCCCCCGGUGGACCCCGUAACACAGCGGCCCCGCCAGAACGUGCCGGUGGGGCUCGUGUCCGCCCUCAAGUCAGCACGCACAGAGGAGAUCGACUCGCUCAUCUAG